AUGCCAUCAUGUGAGUGCAGACCCUUCCGGAAGACCAAUGUGUCCUGUAAGCAUUUUGCAGCAAUAUUUCGUCAUUUUGAUGACGUGUCUUUUUCUUUGCUGUGCGAUAUCUACACUGCAAACCCUAUUUUCAACCUGGACGGUGACCUCUUCAACAAAUCUGAUAACACUAUUCCGUGUUUCCUAAAUGAAGAUAACUCCAUGGAAGCAGUAGGAGAGGUAGAACAAACUGAUGAUAAGCUACACUGCGAACCUCCAUCCUCUUCGCUAUUAACAGGAAUAAAGGCAAGUUCAAAAAAAGUUCGAGAACUGCUAAGCAAAAUUCACAAUCUCAGUUUCCUGAUCCAGUCAAAAGAAUGUCUUGAGGGUGUAAGGGAAACAUUGAGUAGCGUAGUGGAACAGAUGACAGAAGCAUGCCCAAAGAGUGGUGGACUUUUGUUGGAUAAAACUGAAAGUAAUAGGACUGGUAUGACUGAACUUCCGAAGCGCAAAAAACGCAAACAGGGUGUCGCCAAGACAGAAACGUCGUUUGUCGAUGAUGAAAGUUUAAAGGAGAACCCGUCCGAAUAUGCUAUACCAGCUAAAAAGAGAGGUAAACGAGCGAAACUGUCUUUGAGUACUGGAGGAAAGAAAAGGCCGGCGACUGAAAUCACAGAGAAAGAGUCAGGAAAAUGUGAAAGGGACAGAACAGGCAAAAAAGUGAAAUGGGAUGAUAACUUUAAGAAUGAAAACGAAUUUAACUUUGAUAUCGACUCUCAGAAAGAUGAGGAUGAAAGUAACAAGCAGAGUAGCGCGGUACAAAGAGAUUUAGAACACACUUGGAGGAAAGAGUUGGAGGAAAAUGAGGUAACACUCCAUGAUAGUCGAGGUAGAGGACGAGAUGUAGAACACAAUUGGAGGAAAGAGUUAGAGGAAAAAGAAGUUACACUUCAGGAUAGAGAGAGGUUGUUAAUGAAUAGGGACCAAUAUAUGCAAGCGAAAGAGAGGAAGCUAGAAGAUUUUGAGAAAGCUAUGCUCGACAGAAUGAAUAAGAUAGAACAAGAAUACAAAACAAAGGAAAGAAAGAUGAAUGAGAAGGAAUCAGAAAUACAUCUGUAUAUGAGAGAUACAGAGAAAAGAUUAAAUGAAAGACUACAAGAGAUGGAAAUGAAACAUAAGCGUAAAGAACAGGAAUUGAUAGACAAAGAAAGAAAUAUAGAGAGAUUAAAGAACGAAUGGCACGAGAAAUUUUUACACCUAAACCUUCUUCAGAGAAUACAGGAAGAUAUGAUAAGAGAUAGAGAUACGCCCUUACACCAGCAUGACUACUUUCACCACGAGCAGGAAAGCAGAAAAGAGAGUCCAAAGGACAUGAAUCAUGAGACCUUCUUGAAAGAAGUCACAACAGAGAAGAAAGUUAAAAUAGGUGGUGCCUAUAGUAAAGAAGCAGAUGCACACCGAGGUAAAGAUAUAGAAAUCAUGCAACCGAAAGAGGCUACUGAAAUUAAAGGUAUUGAAAGUGCAGAUGAAACAAGAAAGAAGUAUGAUGAUAGAAAUGACUUAAGAUGUCGUGAGAAGUCAGAGGAUAUAAAUAGCAAGUUGAAUUUGACAUCAUUUUCGGGUAUGGAGCCAGUACCUCGAAAUGAAGCCACUUUUGAAGAAUGGAAGCUAGAAGUAGAAUGUGUAAAGGCAAUUUAUUCUGAGAUGGUUGUGUUGCAGGCUAUAAGAAAAGCCUUAAAAGGACAAGCGAAACGAAUUAUGCUUCACCUUGGUCCUUAUGCUACAGUGGAGAUGAUAGAAAUGAAACUAGAAGAUGCAUUUGGAAACAUAGCAAGUAGAGAUAGCAUCUUGUCCCAUUUCUUUUUGGCAGAGCAGAAGGAGACCGAGUCGAUAGUUGAGUGGGGUCUCAGGCUAGAAGAGAUGCUUUUACAAGCAAGUAGAAAGACAGCAAUAAAUGCAAGCGAGAAAGAGGAUAUGCUGAAAAGGAAAUUUUGGAGAGGGCUUCAGAAUGAAGAAUUGAAGAAUGCAACUAGAGUGCACUUUGAGUCAGACAUUAGCUAUGCAGAUUUACAGAAGAAAGUAAGAGCUGAAGAGUUUGAAAUAAGGGUACAGAGAGAAAAGAAAGAGAAAGGUAAAGAGAAGCCGUCGUACAAAGCUCGACAGUCUGUUAUCAGUUCUUCUGAUGACAACAGUGAAGAAAUGAUGAAACUGCUUAUACAGAAGAUUGAGCAGUUGGAUAAAAAGGUAGAUGCACUCCAGAAAGAAAACGAGGAAUACAAAAGCAAAACAACUACUCCAGGAAAUAGAGACAGAGACUACAGACAUUUAAGAGGCCGAGGGUAUGCUAGAGGCAGAAACAAUCGUGGUAGAGGAAAAGGAAGUGUUCAGGCUGAAAAGGAGCAAAAGAGUGAGGAUACGAAGCCUGUAGAUGAUUUAAACCAGAAAAGUUCUCCACAAAAGGGGGCCUGGAGAACGUAG